GUGAGGCUCAAAGAGAACUGAAUUACUGGAGCUCAUCCAGCCAUCCUCCAUACCCUCAGGGGACCAGACAACUUCUCCUGGGGCCUGGGCCUGGGACUAAAAGGAAGAUGGGGCCUGCAAUGGAGAAGCCCUCCUUGAACAUACCCCUACGGCUUCCAGCAGCCGCAAGUAGCUGGUCUGGGCUUAUGGAGUCUCUCUUUUCGGGGAUCUCCCGGACCCUGGGCCCAGACUUUCCUUCUCCCCGCUGACGGGAAUGGCUGCUCCCUGCUUGGCUGAGGGAGGCUGGGGCAGGCCUCCCCCUAUACAGCAUUCGUCCAAGAGCAGAUGCCCCUGCAAGCCCCUCUCCCCCAACCUCUAGGCCGACCCACACGCUCACGCACCUUCGGGCACCUACACAGCCUUCCCCAGCGGGGGGCUGCUCCGGCGCCUUCGGGCAGGCCCAGGGAGUAGGCACGGUGGGCGGGCAGUUGGUGGCUGCCCCGUAGUCUGAGAAGCCGAGUCGGUUAGCGAGGCCCUGGGGUGGGGGUGGAGCCGAGCCUUCCGGCCCGGUGCUGGAGGUGAAGGAGGGCGGAGGCGGGACCAGCGCAUAGGGGGCUUCAGCCCGCGCCUUCGUGCUUUAGGACCGCCUUAGGAGGUUGCUGUCGGACCGGCUGAAGGGCUGUGGUUCCAUGCUGCGGCGCCCAGGGGGCGGAGCGGCGACGCGUCCUUGGUCUCCCUGCGUUCCCACCCCCGUGGUCGGGGGCGGUGCGCUGUACCCGCCGUCGAGGCAGCGGCGUGGUAAAUCCGAGAACUGCAGCGGCUCCAGGGCUUCGUGGUAACCCGCGGCGGGCCGGCGGGUGGGCGAGGGGGGGCGACCGAGGCCCGGGGCGAAGCCAGGGCCCUGCUGGGUCGGGUGAGCCCGAGCACAGGGCAGCGCUGUGCCUCUGCCGAGACGGUACCAUCGUAGGGGCCGACCAAACAUGGCGGUGAGUGCGCGUCUGGGCGUGGGGCCCAGCCAGCGAGGGCCUACUUGAGCGCGAACUGCGGGGCCUGCUCAGAAAGGAGACCCUUCCCUGUUCCCCCUUCUCAGGCCUUAACAGCAGCCAGCAUUUGCACUUCCUAUGCCCCUGCACCAAGACGGGCACCUCCUACGGCUUAGUACCUUCUGCCUGCGUUAUCCUCCGAACCCUGCUCUCUCCGACCAUCUUCAACCCGUUUCCUGGAUGAGCUGAGGCCUCAGUUUAUCACGUGGGCCCAGCCCCUCUCCCACUUGACCCCAACCGGCCCACCCUUAAGGAGGGGGCUAAUGGAAGGGCCCCUGGAGGAUGGGGGUGAAUCCCCAGACUCCCAGGGCCACGCCACCGACUGGAGAUGCGCUGUGUGUAGUUUCAGGGAUGCUUGGGAUGAAGAAGAACCUGCUCCCCAGAUGCAGGUUAAGGACCCCAGUCCUCCAAGACCACCAGCAGGGGCAGCCCAGGGGGAAAGGCUGCAGGGCAGGCCCCUGCAUGCAGAGCUUCAGUCACCCCCAGGUCAAAUGGCUGCAGAUAGGUCAGGGGAUGGCCAGAGGUGCACAUUAGAAGAUUCCUCAGUCCAGUCAGAGGAACCAGCCCCCUCUGGAGAGGAGAGCAUCCUAUGUCCAAUGUCCUCCCACCUCAGCCUGGCACAGGGCAAGAAUGACAGCCUAGGGGGAGGCUUGGCAGGGGACCCAGUUCUAGUAAGGGCAGUGCCAGCCCACUUAGGUCCUGGGGGGUUGGACAGCAACCCUGUGGAUCUUGAAGACCCUUUAUCUGAGACAUCAUCAGAGCUGCUGGAGGCAGACCCCAGCAAAUGCAACCUCCCUAAGGCCACUGACUACCUCCUGGCCCAAGACCUCACCUGGGAGCUACUGGCCAGUAGCAUGGCUGCCCUGCCAGGGACACGGGAUGUGGAAGGCCGGGCAGUGCUCCUUCUGUGUGCCCAUAGCCCUGCAUGGCUUCACCCCAAGUGCAGAAGCCGUGAACUCAUCCUCCUCCUCCUCUACCUUCGGAGCAUCCCCAGGCCCGAAGUACAGGCUCUGGGACUGACUGUGCUAGUGGAUGCCCGAAUUUGUUCCCCAAGCUCUUUCCUUUUCUGGGGGCUCAGCCAGUUGCAAGAAACCGCCCCAGGGUCAAUACACCAGGUGUUGCUACUGGGAAGGAUGCCAGAGCAGGUGCCUCCAGGGCUGCAGCUAGAACACCUGCCCUCUCAUCAGAGCCUGCUGACCCACAUCUCCACCUCAGUCUUGCCCACUUCAAUGGGAGGUGGCCUGCCUUACUGCCACCAGGCCUGGCUGGACUUCCGGAUGCGUCUGGAAGCCCUGCUGCAGAGCUGCCAGCUGGUUUGUGCCCAGCUCCAGGGGGCCAUUGAGAGCAUGAAGGCUGUGCCCCAGCCCAUGGAGUCUGGGGAAGUGAGUCAGCUGCUACAGCAGGCACGGGUGUUGAUGCAGCAUGUGUUAGACUCGCCACAACUGGCAUGGCUGCAAUGCCAGGGUGGGUUGGAGCUGGCAUGGCUGAAGCAAGAGGUCCCAGAAGUGACCCUGAGCCCAGACUACAGGCCGGCAGUGGACAAGGUUGAUGAGCUGUAUGGCCAUGUGGAUGGACUGCUGCACCAAUUGACCUUGCAGAGUAACCAGCGAGUACAGGCACUGGAGUUGGUCCAGAUGCUGGAGGCCCAGGAGGGCGAGCUGCACCAGAUUGAAGUGUGGCUGCAGCAGGUUGGCUGGCCAGCACUCAAGGAGCCAAGGGAGCCUUCACUGGACAUGCUGCUUCAGGCCCAAAGCUCUUUUCAGGAGGUGGACCAGGUUGCCCAGGAGCAGGUCAGGCGAGGGGAGAAGUUUCUGCAGCCACUGGCUGGCUGGAAGGCAGCUGAACUGGGCCCCACUGGGGCCCGCUUUCUGGCCCUCCAAGCCCAGCUGACUGACUUCUCUAGGGCCUUGGGCCAGUGGCGGCAGCAGCUGGCAGAUGCUGAGAGGCUGUUGCAGUUAUUCAAACAGGCAUCGACAUGGGCUGAGGAGGGACAGCGGUUGUUGGCAGAGCUGGCACAGGAGUGCCCAGGGGUUGUGCUGCAGCGGCUGCAGCUGCAUUGGACCAAGCACCCUGACUUGCCUCCUGCCCAUUUCCGAAAGAUGUGGGCUCUGGCUACAGGGCUGGGCUUUGAGGGCAUCCGCCAGGAGUGCUGCUGGACCUGGGCGCGGUGCCAAGACACCUGGCUGGCCCUGGACCAGAAGCUAGAGGCCACACUGAAGUUCCCACCGACAGGCAGCACAGGUAGCCUGUGUGUCAGCCGGUUUCCGACUGUAGCUGCCACUCCUCCCCUGAGGAAGGCAUACAGCCUUGAUCGGAAUCUGGGGCAGAGUCUCCGAGUGUCUGCCCACCACUGCCACCUUGUGGCCAGACCAGAGGCUAGUGGUGGUGUCCAGCCAGGGUCUUCCCCCAUGUCUCCACUGGGCAGCUCUGACUCCAGGAACCCCAACAGACUCCAGCUGGUGCUGGCAGAGAUGGUGGCUACAGAGCGGGAGUAUGUCCGAGCCCUCAACUAUACCGUCCAGAACUACUUUCCUGAGCUGGAUCGCCCCGAUGUGCCCCAGGGCCUGCGCGGCCAGCGCGCCCACCUCUUUGGCAACUUGGAGAAGCUGCGGGACUUCCAUUGCCACUUCUUCCUGCGUGAGCUGGAGGCCUGCACCCGGCACCCGCCCCGGGUGGCCCAUGCCUUCCUGCGCCACAGGGUGCAGUUUGGGAUGUAUGCACUCUACAGCAAGAAUAAACCUCGCUCUGAUGCCCUGAUGACCAGCUUCGGUCAUGCCUUCUUCAAGGACAAGCAGCAAGCACUAGGGGACCACCUGGACUUGGCCUCCUACCUGCUGAAGCCCAUCCAGCGCAUGAGCAAGUAUGCGCUGCUGCUGCAGGAGCUGGCACGGGCCUGCAGUGGGGGUGUGCAGGACCUGAGUGCCCUGCAGGCUGCCCAGAACCUUGUGCGCUUCCAGCUGCGACACGGCAAUGACCUGCUAGCCAUGGAUGCCAUCCAGGGUUGUGACGUUAACCUCAAAGAACAGGGGCAGCUGGUACGACAGGAUGAAUUCAUAGUGCGCACUGGGCGCCACAAGUCCCUGCGCCGUGUUUUCCUCUUUGAGGAGCUGCUGCUCUUCAGCAAGCCUCGCCGAGGACCCACAGGCACCGAAACGUUUACCUACAAACGCUCCUUCAAAAUGGCAGACCUGGGCCUCACUGAGUGCUGUGGGGAUAGCAACCUGCGCUUUGAGAUCUGGUUCCGUCGUCGCAAUGCCAGGGACACCUUUGUGCUGCAGGCUGCCAGCUUGGCCACCAAGCAGGUUUGGACAGCUGACAUUUCCCGUCUGCUCUGGAGGCAGGCUGUCCACAACAAGGAGGUGCGCAUGGCUGAAAUGGUAUCCAUGGGAGUGGGGAACAAGGCCUUCCAGGAUAUCACCCCCAGUGAGGAAGCUAUCAACGACCGUACCAUCAACUACAUCCUGAAGUGCAGAGAAAUUCGCUCUCGGGCUUCCAUUGCUGUGUCCCCGUUUGACCAUGACAGCUCCUACACGGGCACCUCAAGCUCCCUUCCUGGAGACCCUGCCUCUUGCUCUGUGCUGGGGUCCCUCAACCUGCACCUGUACAGAGACCUGACUCUUUUGGGUCUCCCCCGGCCCCUGUAUUCCACCUUCACAGAGGAAGUAGCACUGGAAGCUAAAGUGGAGCUGGACAGCCAGCUGUCUUUGACUCCUGAGGACUCAGAGGUCUCAUCUCAGUGCCCUUCAGCCAGUGGCUCCAGUGGCUCUGAUAGCGGCUGUGUGUCAGGGCAGGCCCUGGGCAGGGGCCUCGAGGACUUGUCCUAUGUCUGAGCCUGGGCUCGAAGAUGGGCAGUGGAUCCAACAGCCUGUAGCUCCAAGAAACACCACCUCUCUUCGGAUCUGCUGUGACCAAGGCAGGGCUGCCACCCAGGCCACCUUCUGCCCACAGGCACUGUCUUAUUGACUACCCUUUUUGAUGUCUGUGCCCAUUGGCAGACUGGCAGGAGCCUACUGGGCUCUUGGCUGCAUAUCGCCUUCUGUCCCCUCUCCUGCUCCCAUCCCAGUUGUGACCUAUGAUUAGGCUAAAGCAGAGGGUGGAUGUUUCCAUGUUCUAAUCUGAUGGGGCACCAAAAGGCCCCAGCCAAUGACUGGGCUGCCACACCCCUCAAGAGGAACAUAGGUGGGUUCCAGAAGCUGCUGCCCAAUCCCUGGUCUCAAGACCAAGCUCCUCAAACUUAGGAGCAAGUCCACCCCUAUUGGACCCUCUCUUUUGCCUGGCCUGGCUCCCCAGGCUCAGCUCCUUAUUUCCUGGUCAGUUUGGUUAUAUUGACUCAAUACCUUUUGAAUAACUUUCUAUUAGAGUUAUCUAAAAUUAUUUUACUGUUGUUAGGUCUUUGGGGUCCCAGAGACUGAGUCCAGACCCUUGAGUUGUGAUUUACUUUGUAUUUGU